AUGUGGGCACUUAACAAUGAAUUGGAAGCUGCAUCUACUAGAAAGGUUGGAGCUGAUGACUUGUUGAUUGUUGGGCCAGGGGUCCUCGGACGCAUCGUGGCUGAAAAAUGGCGGGAGACAUUAACGACUGAUCAUCAUGAUGAGCUAAUAAAGAUGGGGAUCAGUCCUUUUCUCAAGGGUGGAACCCAAGUAGCUUCCAAGUUUUCCCAAGUCAUCUUCUGUGCUCCUCCAUAUGGAACCGCCGAUUAUCCGGGUGAAGUCAGGGAAGCAACAUUAAGCUGGAAUGGUGAAGGUUCCUUCCUAUUUACUUCAAGCUCGGCCCCCUAUGACUGCAACGACAAUGGAGAUUGUGACGAGGACACUCCAGUAGUACCCAUUGGGAGGAGCCCUCGGACUGACAAUCUACUAAAGGCAGAGAAAGUAGUGCUCGAGGCUGGGGGUUGCGUUGUCAGACUAGCUGGACUUUACAUAUCCUUCCUUUUUCUUUCUAAUAACUCAGAUUGA